UUUUCCCCUCCCAUGUGCUCCGACUGGCGCUAAAAGUUUUGAGCCUCUCAAAAGUCCAGAGCCACGAUCCUGGGCGCAGGUGGCCGCUGGGCUCCGGGGUCACCUGGCGUCCGGCCUCGGAGCGUGCUUCCCAGGACGGUGACACGCUCCCCUGAGGUUCGGCGGCUACACUCCCUUCCCAGGAGCUGCGAUGCAGGACCCACAGUCGGAGCUCACCAUCGACCCCCCUCUGAGCCAGGAGACAUUUUCCGAAUUGUGGAACCUGCUUCCUGAAAACAAUGUUCUGUCUUCCGAGCUGUCCCCGGCAGUGGACGAACUGCUGCUCUCAGAAGGCGUCGCGAACUGGCUGGAUACAGGGUCCGAUGACGCUCCCAGGAUGUCCGCAGCUCCUGCCCCCGCGGGUGUCGGACCAGCCACCUCCUGGCCCCUGUCAUCCUUCGUCCCUUCCCCGAAGACCUACCCUGGCACCUAUGGGUUCCGUCUGGGGUUCCUGCAUUCCGGGACAGCCAAGUCUGUUACUUGCACGUACUCCCCGUCCCUCAACAAGCUGUUUUGCCAGCUGGCAAAGACCUGCCCGGUGCAGCUGUGGGUCAGCUCCCCACCCCCACCCGACACCUGCGUCCGCGCCAUGGCCAUUUAUAAGAAGUCCGAGUUCGUGACAGAGGUGGUACGGCGCUGUCCCCACCACGAGCGCUGUCCCGACAGCAGCGAUGGGCUGGCCCCGCCUCAGCAUCUCAUCCGGGUGGAAGGAAACUUGCGAGCCAAGUACCUGGACGACAGAAACACUUUCCGCCACAGCGUGGUGGUGCCCUACGAGCCGCCCGAGGUCGGCUCUGACUGUACCACUGUCCACUACAACUACAUGUGUAACAGCUCUUGCAUGGGGGGCAUGAACCGGAGGCCCAUCCUCACCAUCAUCACCCUGGAAGACUCCAGUGGUAAUGUGCUGGGACGGAGCAGCUUUGAGGUACGCGUCUGUGCCUGUCCCGGGCGAGACCGGCGCACAGAGGAGGAGAAUUUCCGCAAGAAGGGGGAGCCUUGCCCCGAGCCGCCCCCCGGGAGCACUAAGCGAGCACUGACUCCCAGCACCAGCUCCUCUCCUCCCCAAAAGAAGAAGCCACUGGAUGGGGACUAUUUCACCCUUCAGAUCCGUGGACGUGAACGCUUCAAUAUGUUCAGGGAGUUGAAUGAGGCCUUGGAGCUGAAGGAUGCCCUGAGCGGAAAGGAGCCAGGGGGAAGCAGGGCUCACUCCAGCCACCUGAAGGCUAAGAAGGGGCAGUCUACCUCCCGCCAUAAAAAACUGAUGUUCAAGAGAGAGGGGCCCGACUCAGACUGACGUCCCCUGCUUCCUGUGUCCCCCUCUCCCGCCCCCCACUGACCCCCUCCCCCUUGCCCCUCUUUCCCUGGCAUUUUUGGGACUUGGGAGCUUGAGCACACCUGCUCGGUGUGUGGACUGCUUGGUACAAGUGUGCCCCAGAGAUGCUCUGGAUUCUUCCAUUCGCCUUACCCUAAGGCUCUGCUAAAGAAGUUGGCCUACAAGGUCGGUUGGUCGGGGGGGACGUAGGACGUUCCAGCCUGGUUUUUUAAAGAUUUUUACUGUGAGGAACCAUGGGAGAGGUAGGAAAAUGUUCCUGAACGUCAGGAGCGUAUUAGAACUAAUCACACGCUGGGCUGUGAGCCCAGUUCUCUACUGUUUUAGCCAGUGAUUGAAAUUUCCUAAUUUCAUAGGCCAUUUUUAUGAAAUGCUGAUAACCAUACCUACCUCACGGAGUUUGUUGUGAGGGUGAAUGAAAUUAUGUAUGUCUGACCCCCCAAAACAGCCCUUUUACCCCAUGAUGUCUGCGACGUGGUGCCUCCGAGGCUGCCGGUCCCCUGUCCGUGCUGGUGGGCAGGGCGACAGCUCGUAUGAGGGGGCAGCUGGUGAGGGGUCCCCUUCCUGCUGACCCGGCCAAGUUCUGUCUGACCUCUUGGGGAGCCCCGGCGCCCAGGAGGAAAUCUCACUCCCAUCUCACAGCCUGGAGGAUUCCAUCCCUGGUGUAGGAUCUGUAUCUGCUGAGGUCUUUUUACGUCCCCCAAUCUCUCAGGAUCGAUUUCUUUUGCACUCUGCAUCCACACCCCCUCCUCCUCUUCCCUUUUUAUAUCCCGUUUUUAUAUCGGUCUCUUAUUUUACAAUAAACUUUGCU